GGAAGGAAAGGAAAUGUCAAUGCUGCGUUUUAUAUAUCUUAUAUCUGUAACGUUAAAUGUUGGCGGUCAUAUGUGUCUCUAUUGUGUAGUAGGUGAGAUUCUAGUAGCACAAUGCGAAGGAAUAUAUCAUGCAGCGUAUAAUUACGAAUGGUACAUGCUAGAGCCGGAAGAAGCGAAAACUUUGAUUAUAAUAAUGAUUCGAGCCAACAAAUCCCUCCAUAUUACAGCUGGGAAAAUGUUUCCCAUGACACUAUCAACGUUUUGCAAUUUAAUAAAAACAUCGGGCGGAUAUGUGUCAGUUCUACUCGCGAGACAAGGAUAAUAAAAUUUAUUUUGAGUUUAUCUACGUAAUCUGUUUUAUAGGGUAAUUCCGGUAUAUACACCGCGCGAGGAUUUAUGCCGCAGAAGUCAUAACAAAUAAAAGAAGUGA